AUGGUUGAGAAGUUCAUAGAAGUAUUCAUGGACGAUUUUUCUGUGUUUGGAAAUUCAUAUUCUGAUUGCCUAUGUCAUCUUGCCCUAGUGCUAAAGAGGUGCCAAGAAACCAACUUAGUUUUAAAUUGGGAGAGGUGCCAUUUUAUGAUAACUGAAGGGGUGGUUCUUGGUCACAAGAUUUCUAAAAAUGGCAUAGAAGUGGACAAGGCAAAGGUGGAAGUAAUAGAGAAGUUACCUCCACCUUGCAAUGUCAAGGCAAUCAAAAACUUUUUGGGACACGCUGGUUUCAUAGGAGCACUCAAAUACUUACUUACCAAACAAGAAUCUAAGCCCAGAUUAAUGAGAUGGAUUCUGCUACUCCAAGAGUUUGACAUUGAGAUUAAAGAUAGGAGCAGAGCAGAAAACAAGGUAGCUGACCACCUUUCAAGAAUUCCACAAGAAAAAGAAGAGAAGCAUCAAGUUAUAGUAAAUGAAAGCUUCCCUUAUGAGCAGUUGAUGAUGGUCCAAGUAGCCCCUUGGUUUGCAGACAUAGCUAACUUCAAGGCUAUUGGGGAGCUACCAACUAACAUCAACAAACACAUGAGGAGAAAGCUAAUCAAGGAUGCCAAACACUACAUCUGGGAUGACCCUUAUUUGUUCAGGAAGUGUGCUGAUGGAAUCUUGAGAAGGUGUGCCUGCCAUGAAGAAGGACAGGAAGUGCUGUGGCAGUACCAUGGAUCCGCAUAUGGAGGCCACUUCAGUGGAGAAAGAACAGCAGCAAAGAUGGUAGAAGCCAUAGCCACUGCGACAAACGACAACAAGGUUGUGAUAAGCUUCUUGAGAAGGAACAUCUUUAGCAGAUUUGGAGUUCCUAGAGCCCUCAUUAGUAAUGGAGGGACACACUUAUGCAACAAACAACUUGAGACACUACUUCUCAGGUAUGGAGUCAAGCACAAGGUGGCAACUCCAUACCACCCACAGACCAAUGGGCAAGCCGACAUUUCAAACAGGGAAUUAAAAAUAAUUCUUGAGAAAAUUGUUGAAAGCUCAAGAAAGGACUGGUCCAAGAAGUUGGACGAUGCCUUAUGGGCCUACAGGACAGCCUACAAGACACCCAUUGGGAUGUCCCCAUACCAAUUGGUAUAUGGCAAGGCUUCUCACUUACCAGUUGAGCUAGAGCAUAGAGCAUUUUGGACUCUAAAAAUGCUAAACUAUGAUGAGCAAGCUGCUGGAGAAAGAAGAUUAAUGUAA